AUAGAAAAAAAACUAUGUGGAAUAAUUUCGACCAAUCCCCUUUGGAAGACGAGACCAUAUCAAAUGCUUUCUCUUCUAGGGGUAUUUUUCGUAUUAGCAGCGAUGAUGAGAUCAUACAAUAUCCCCAUGUUCAAGCUUCAGUGCAAAAUAAGAAAAUGGUUGUGGCUGUCGACAAGACAGUUUUCCUUUUGGAGGAUGAACUUGUUGCUAAAUGUUUUGUGCUGUCCUUCAAUGCCAACAUUGAUGUAAUGGGAAUUUCCAAUACCGGAAAUUUAAUUAUUUGCGGUCUAAGUGAUGGUGAAAUUCAUGGCAUUUACAUCAAAGGCACGCCACUGUUUAAUCAAUGCAUAAAAGUGGAAGAUAUUCAUGUAGCUGGUGGCAAGACAUUUGCGGGAAUUCAACAGGUGGAUAACAAAUUUUGUAUUACUUGUACCAAUGGAAGUGUGUACAGCCUUUUGGGAAUCGAUGAAAACCCUUUAGAAGAAAAACUAAAUGUGUCAUUGGUGGAAAAUGACAUGAUUGAAUUGGAAAAAUAUUUUGCUGAUGUGUCUCUGCAACGUUUAUUUGCCAUAAGGGGAAUUAAUGAAAUCACUGCUGCAUUGUUAAUAAAUCAAAACGUUAGAAUGGCAGACUCUCAAGAAAUGGAUCUUCUUUUGAUAGCUGGCACCCAAAAUGCGAUUUAUGUGCGAUCCUCCCAAGAUGAUGUAGUGCGUUUAAGUCUUUCGGAUGUAUAUCGAGGAAUCAAAGAGAUAUACAAUUUGGAAAAUUUCAUUGUCCUGCUUACGAAUUCGGGUCAUUUACUAGAACUUUGUCCUUUCACAAAACUGUUGUUAUAUCCAAUGGAACAUGGUGAAACUAUUAUUUUAAUCGAUAACUUGAUUGUCAUGGAUUGCAACGAUGAGCAUGUUGAAUUGCUUAUUUUAACAAAACAAACAAAAUCAGAAGAUAAAUGUAUCAAAAUUAUUGAUUAUCCAGCUCUUAAAUGUCAAAACGAAUUGGAUGUGGCUGAACAUUCGUGGCUUGUCCAACAGCCUAAAUGUUCUGUAAAUUUGUACUAUCUAACUGGUUCUCAAUGCAAUUCCAAUGAUUUACCUUCCAUUUUGGAAAUGAUUUUGGUUUCCGAAACACAUCCUAGUGAAAGAUUUAAGAAACUUAUAGCCAAAGGCCAUCUAGAGGAAGCCGAAGACUUUGGCAGACAGUUUGAGUUAUGUUUGCAGCCAAUCUACGAAGCAAAAGCUAGAAAAAUGUUGCUAGAAAUGUCCACGUUAGGUGAUAACAAUCCAGAGUUAUUAAAUGAACUCUUCAAAAAUCUCAUGACACUUUUGCAAAAGAUUGAAAACAAGGAAUUCUUUCGUCAAAAUCGAAUGAUUAAUUUGCCGUCGCGCAAAAUUUUGGAGAAAUUUUUAAAAGAAGUGCUCAAUCAUCUGGACGAAGAGUUUGAUGAGCAACACAUUUUGGAAAUUGUCGAACAGUUGGAUCGCUUGAAGACAUUGGCCAUACUUGAUCCUUAUGAAAUCAAUCCGGACUGGCAGAAAUUCGUAUAUCAUUCGAAUUUAGUGAAAUAUAUAAAUUCUCUCUUUAAGAGUGACAUGUCGAUGGCUUCGCUGAUAUGGAAACGCCACUCAUGUGCCAUUUUGCCAAAUCUUAAUGGUAAAGAAUUAGGACAAAUCCUGAGCUUAAUACCCAGCGAUACAAAGCCUUUUAAUAUUCUGCAAUGGCUAAAGCAAUUUGUACCUGUGGUCAGCAACACUCAUCCCGAAGUUAUGCCUUUCAUAACUGAUUGGAGCAUUGAGAAAACCAGAUCGCUGCAAUAUGCAGAACAUUGGCCCGAAAUUGGUCUUGAAUUCUCCACAAAGGUUGCCGAAAUAUUUGAAGAUAUACAAUUCUUGCACUCAGAUGUAAGAAGACAGCAUGAGCGCAAUAUUGGCAAAUUGAGAGAUUUGGUUAAUGCUCUACAGGAUUUGUUUGUUCUAAAGAAGAGUUAUAAUUUAAUUUUCACUUUGGAUAAUUAUUUGCAAGACAGCAUAGAUGAAACUGCCAAAUGCAUUCUGCUGCGUGUCCACUUGGAUAAUUUGAAGAGUUUAGUGAAUGAUUUCCUAUAUCCCAUUUACCAAGAAAAGGGCCAAUCUCCAGUUGCUGCCAUAAGACGUUACAUUUGCCAGUUGGUGGCCAGCAGAAAUUCUUUCUCAACAUGGCUUGAAAGAUCGGUGGCCUGCAUAGAACUAUUACACAACGAAGAUGAUCGUUUGGAGUCGGCCUUACUAGUGUUGCAGAACUCUCCAGUUCCCUGGCCUGAUACUGUUGAUCCUCUCAUCAAGUUGCGCUACUCUACACAUCCUUUGGCCACGAAAAUUAAUACAGAAUAUGAAAUUCAAGUUAUUAAAAUAAUGAAAGUUAAAUAUGGUUGGCCUACCGAUAAUGCCUCAGAUAUCAAUUUGAAUUUGUUCAUGUUUCGCAUCUUGAGAAUGGAUUUGCCUGACAUGUUAGAUGACAUUAGGACCUUGACGAAGGCAGCACCAGAAAUUGCCACCAGUGCAAAUUUCAAUUGCUGCUAUCAAAUGGUUAGAAAAGGUAAACCCGAAGUGGCUGCGGACUUUUUUAAAUCUUUAAAAGCAGAUACAACUACGAAAUAUGCCAACGAUGUGAUAGAAUUGUUUGCGGAAGUCUUGGAAAAUUCUCCUACACCCCUAACUGCAGAAUCCAUUGAGGAGCAAAAGUGCCUUAUUGAAUUCUUUCGCUUUAUUACACCACGCACAUGCCCCACAUCACAGAAACGCCUUAGGGCUAUACAAAAUCGUUUUACACUUCGUCAUAGAUAUGAAAUACAAAUUAUUGACAUUAUCGAUUUGGCUGCCUACAACAACCGCCUUGACUACCUUAACAUGGCGAUAGAGAAUAUCAUUAAGCGCAGCUUGGAAACAGAUAACAUAUGCGGUUACUUUAUAAAUGAAAUUCGUGAAUUGUCCCAGGCCUUGGAUUUGUCAAAAAUGUUUGUUGUCAAAUCCUUAUGUCAGCGUAUGAAGUGUUUAAUCUUAUCGUGUGCCUUGACCUACAACAUGCUUGAAUUGGUCGAUUGUACACGGGAAAAUAAGAAUGAUUUUAUAGAAUUGGCCUUGGUAUUGCUGAGCCAGCAGGUACAGUUGACCAAGGGCAUACAACAAUCCAGUACACUGGCGGCCCUUUUGAACGACAAUGAUCCUUUGGCUUAUCCCCUGGCCUAUGAGCUGCUGGUUAGGGCAUCUGUGGUUGAGGUGAAUCAAACCUGUGAAUUGAUUGAAGUGAUCAAUUAUGUGCGUAUUGGCAGGUCUAGCUAUAACAGCAAUGCCAUAGCCCAAUUCUAUGAGAGCAGAGAGAAGGAAAUAUCCAAAUUGAUUUGCGAUGCUAUUGAUGCCUCGGAAAUUUCAGUGGGAGAAAUUACUUUGAAUUUCUCCACGGCCUUGAAUAACUCAUUUGAUAUCAAACAGGAAAGCAAGCCCAAGAAAAGAUAUUCUGUGUCCAUAUUCGAUGAGGUGGUAGUUCCAUUGCCAACACAAACACAACAAACAAAGGUCCAUCACAGUGAUCAUAUACACAUUGUAAGAUUUGUUUCCCGUACUAUUUUGUUUCUUGUUCUGCAAACGCCCCCCACCAAUAGCCUAUUGGCAAAACUGAAGGAAUUUAUUUUGAGUAGUGCGGAGGAGAAUGUUAAAAUGGAUGUCGUAGGUGCCAAAGAUGAUUUCUUUGUAUCCUUGGAGCAACUCAUAAAGAGUAAAAUGCAUGAUGUAUGGUAUUCCAUGGUUCAGUAUAUUCUAGACUAUCAGCAAAGGCAUAACUGCAAGCUCAUUAACACUGAUUUUGUUUCCAUACAAAUGGGUCGAGUAUUCCGAAAUAUUUUGUCGCAAAAGGAUGUCAACUUUUUGGAUCUAUAUGUGAUGCUAACAGCAGAUCCCCAUUCCUCGGAAUUAUUGGAAAAAUUAGAAAACGAUUUGAAAACCGAUCAACAAAAAGUCAAUUUUUUGACUUUAUCAGAAAUGUAUUACAGCCAAUUCGAGGAGAGCGCCAAUGUGGAGGCCAUCCGAACAAAACGCAUCAAACAUUUCUAUUAUUUAGAGUUUUGCAAACAGGAUCCCAGCAUCAAGGGUAAAUUUAAUGCUGACAUUGAUCCUAUAGAACAUCUAUUGAAGGAAUUCCACAAUAAGCAAUUGGAUGUAAAACUAUUGGAAAGAAUGAGUGCAGAUUUCAAUUUGGAUUAUCAAAAAAUGCUGAUAGCACAGGUUAUAAGCAUAUUGAAGUCUCAGGAAAUGCAGUUCGAAAUAAAAACCGAUAGUUUUGGUGACGAGGAAUUGGUUAUGAUAACUACUGUGGAAGGAAUACGCAAUAUGUGCCAACCAUAUCUCAACGAAAUCAAAAAUACCGAGUUAUUAACUUCAAAACUUAAGCAAUUUAUUGAUGAGAUCCACAUCUAUUUCUACGAGCUGUAUUUGUGUGUCAUUGAAAUUCUUCUGUACUUUGAAGCUGUGCCCAAAGAAAUGCAGGUGUGGACCAGCAUAUUACAUUUUUUGAAACACAAAAUGGUUUCAAGGCGCCGUAAUCGCCCCGGCCAACUGGAGAAUGAUAUGUGGUUCGAAUCGGCAAAGGAAAUAGGAGUUUUACCCAAAAUCGCGCGUUAUCGAUUGCCCUUCAAGCCCAUUGUGGAGCAGCCUCUAAAGGAUAUUCUUGAUUCGGAAUUGAGUGUUGACAAUUGUGAAUCUUGGUUCCCGCUCAUAAAAAUGCACACUGUGCUCAAAGGGUCUACAGAUGUAGCACACAAUUGUGAUUACUUCUGCAUGUCGGCAGUGAAAAAUUCCAUAACCGAAUACAAAAGUCGUGAUGAUGGCGAGACAUGGCAUUUGCAACCCACCAACAAUGCUUUCCUAAAGUCGGUGCUGCGUUUGGUCAAUCAUGUCCAUAAUCAUUCCAAGGCCUUUAUGAUUUUGUACUUUGUCUCCAAUUAUGCCCCCGAUGGUGCCGAUCAAGUUGAGGCCUCCUAUGAAUGCUACAAAUACUGUAUGGAGCAUGAGCAGCUCAUAACCGAUCCUAAAUGUGCCGAACAAGUUGUAAAAAUUAAACGCAAAUACCCCAUUUUGAAGACUCAACAUCUGCUUUACAUCUAUGGUUUGGCGGAGGAGAAGAUCAUGCGUUUGGUGGAGAAUCCCACAGAGUUAAUUUAUCAGUUGUAUCACCACGAACAAAUACUAAAGGGUGGCAAAUUGGAUAUAAACGCGGUGGUAAAGAAGAUUGCCGAACUGCAUAAUUUGAGUGUGGAUCCCAUACAAUUUAAAUUAUUGCAAAAAUGGUUGUCCUUUACCAUGGACACACCCGACGGCACAGUGCUGGAUGAAACUCUGUUUGAAGAUCAAAAUCUGGCGGACAAUGUUGCCGAGGAUACGGGAACAGCAGCAGAAAAUGUUGUUAGAGCCAACUAUGUCAUCAACAGUUGGCCCCGAGAGGUAGCUAUGCAGUUUUUGGUGGGUCAUAUUUAUGCUCCCGAAUGCUCCUCAAACACCUCCAAGCAACUGCAAAUGUAUGAGUGUUAUUUCAAACUUUACGAUGGCAGUAAACAAUUUGAUCAUAUGCUUGACCAGAAACAGUACAUCACCAUUAAGUGUGUGCACGAGCUAAAGAAACUGGGUUACAAUUCUACUCUGCAGAAAUUUGCCAAUAGCAAUAAAAUUGACAUUCUCAAGACACUGUGGCAAAGGAACACCAACAAUGCCAAUACUUUACAAAUUUUGGCAAAUAUAUGCCUGGGCUUUGAUAUAUACCUGCCCAAGGUGUGGAAUGGCAUACUUAAGCGCAUGGUCAUGAUUGGCAUGGUCAAGGAAUUGAAUGCUUUGGUGGAUUUACUUUCUUGCAAGCCACAAUUGCUGCAUACAGAAGGUCUAAUAUUGGCAUGGGAUUGUGUUCUGAUUCAUCCCUUCAAGAAUGCCAACCAGGCAAAAUCUGUGGAACAAGAGGAAAUAUUACACAAGACUUUAUUUAGACUACAGAGCUGCCCUGUGGUACAUUCUUUGAACCUUUUGAAAUUCGCAGAGAAUUGUGAACGUUUAAAUAGGCCGCACAUGGCUGCAGUAUUUUUGGCAUUUUGUCGAACGGAAGAGCAGCGAAAGCAAAUUAAGAGUCUACUCACAGGGCGAUAUGCAAAACUGCGUCAAGAUAUUUUAGAUUUAGAGGAUGCUGGCAUUUUGCCUUUCAUCCUAAAUUUUGCUCUAAAGGAAUUAAAUUUGUAGAUUUUAUGCGGCAUUAAGGUCAUGUUUUCCAGUUAUUACAUAAUUUAUAU